AUGGCAGCAGAAUCGAAACAACCAAAGAAUGAACCAGAAGCCAUGGAUAUCGAGGAGGAUGAAGAAACAAAACAACUUCGAUUAGAAAAGGAAACAACGGCAUCGGUUAUCGCUGAAUUGAAACGCAACUUUACGCUAUUGGAACGUGCCGUGGAGACCAUCGAAUCUCGUUUCACCACGCGUGUACUUCGCACUUUGCCAUCCAUAAGACGUCGUUUGACAUCAUCCAUACUCUCUCAAGUUAUCUCGGAAUACUAUGGCACUGACGCAUCACAAGCAUCAGAAUUGCUUAAUUAUUUGGGAGAGAGCGAUACUGGCAUGGAUGUUGACAGCACAAAGGACAAGAAUAUCUUGCCAGAGGUUGACAUGUACUUGCAUUUGAUGACUAUGAUUUACUUGCUCGACCAAAAUGAGCUACAAAAGGGCAUGGAAUUAGCUGGAAAGUCUGUGGAAAAGCUUGUCAAGCUUAAUCGACGUACGAUGGAUCAACUUGCCGCUCGCAUCUACUUUUAUCAUGCACGAUUUUACGAGCUUACCGAUCGCCUUGCUGAGAUCCGACCUAUGCAACUCACUUCUUUGCGCACUGCCACCUUGAGACGUGAUGACGAGACUCAGGCCACCCUUCUCAAUCUUCUUUUACGAAAUUACUUUGUGCACAACCUUUACGACCAAGCUGAUAAGUUGGUCUCCAAGAGUGCUUUCCCUGAGAAUGCUGGCAACAACCAGGCUGCUCGCUAUGCUUAUUAUUUGGGUCGCAUCAAGGCCCUUCAACUCGCCUAUACACAAGCCCACACCUAUCUGACUCAGGCUAUCCGAAAAGCUCCCCAAAACAAUGUCACAGCCGGCUUCCAGCAAACGGUGUACAAGUUCUUCAUUGUGGUGCAAUUGCUUUUGGGUGAGAUCCCUGAACGUUCCAUUUUCCGACAGCCUAUUUUGAAGAAGGCUCUUGUGCCUUAUCUUUACAUUACGCAAGCUGUUCGUGUGGGUGAUCUCAACAAGUUCCAGGAAGGGUUGGCUCAAUUUGAUUCAGUGUUCAAAAAGGACAAGACUUAUACCCUUAUCCUGCGUCUUCGUCACAAUGUCAUCAAGACGGGUAUCCGCAUGAUUAGCUUGUCAUACUCAAAAAUCUCCCUCCGUGAUAUUUGUCUCAAGUUGCAUCUUGACAGCGAGGAAGAUGCCGAGUUUAUUGUAUCCAAGGCUAUCCGUGAUGGUGUCAUUGAUGCUACUCUGGAUCACAAUGGUGGUUUCAUGAAGAGCAAGGAAAUUGUUGAUAUUUAUUCAACCAAUGAACCUCAGCAUGCAUUCAACAACCGUAUCACUUUCUGUUUGAAUCUUCACAACGAUGCUGUCAAGGCCAUGCGAUUCCCAUUGGAUGCUCAUAGAAAGGAACUUGCUAAUGCCGAGGCUGCAAGGGAAAGAGAACGAGAGCUUGCACAAGAAAUUGCAGAAGGUGACAUGGAUGAUGAAGGCGAUCUUGGCGAAUAUUAA